UACGAUAUAUUCAUAGUCAAGUCAUCAAGCAAGUGAGCAAGCAAGAGAUGUCAUGAUCAUGUCAAACCAUAAACAUUUCGCGAGGUUGCAUCAAUGAUACCCUUGUGUAGUACGUUUUUCGUGUUUUUAUUUAAUUAUGUUCAAAGAAUAAUGGAAUUUACAUCACAGUUCUGUUUGCAACAGUGUGUUUCUAUCGGAGUUUGAGAAACUUUUGCAUGAUCAUGAUUAGUUUGUUUAUUGUAUUGUACGUAGUAGGAGGCUUCGGCCUCGGUUCGCCUGAGAAUGCAGGUGAAAUGAAAAACACUGAGUUGUCUCGGGCAUUGGAUGAGAGACCGCUAUUAUUCGCCACUUUAGGGGGUGGCAUGGUUGCUGUAGAACCCUUAGCGGGAAAUAUUAUAUGGAAACUCAAAGACGAGCCUGUAGUAAAAGUUCCUAAUCAGCACGCAAGCUUGACGCCUCAGUUCUUGCCGGACCCACGGCAUGGAUUCCUAUACAUGUACGGUCCUAGAGGGGACCAACAGAUGCUCAAGAAGUUGCCUUUUACGAUACCGGAGCUGGUGGCGAAUGCACCAUGCCGCUCCAGUGAGGGUAUACUGUACACAGGGAAGAAAAGCGAUACUUGGUUCAUGCUGGACCCCUUGACAGGAUCGAGGGAACAUGUAUCAGGUUUUGAUAAAUCAAAAAUUUUCAAUGGCCAGGAAGGCAAUACGUGCGAACCGGACAAAAAGAGAGGGGUGUAUGUUGCCAGAACGGAGUACAAUAUACUAAUGCAUGACUCGAAGAAUAGCAACCAGAAGUGGAAUGUAACAUUCUUUGAUUACACGUCGCAUGCCAUGGGGAAAGAGAUGUUGAAUGAUUAUGGAAUAAUUCACUUCGCAUCAACGUCAAGUGGCAGACUGAUGUCCUUCGACCGUAAGACAGGUGACCUCGUGUGGUCUCAUAAUUUCGAAACCCCAGUGGUCGCUGCAUAUUUACUAGACAGAGAAGGUCUUAUCUCCGUCCCUUUCAACUCUAUCGGGGAUGACACGCUCGAUCAUAUAAUGGAAGAUGCGACGACCUUGCGAAACGGUCAAGGCAUUAAAAACUCCAAUAUCGAACUGUAUCCGACUUUAUAUGUCGGUGAACACAAUCAUGGAUUGUACGCCUUGUCGUCACUGGUAGACAAGAACACUAUAACAAUAUCCACUGGUCACACACAACCUCUUCUGCUCGAAGGACCAUCGGCGAUCGUGAAUCCAGAGAACUCUAAAUACGAACCAUUCACAAAUGUUCACUACAAAUUGAACGAUUUUAAUCUACAAGUAUCCGCGCCAUAUUUGUUAUUGGGACACUACAAAGUCCCCGAGUUGUUGACCACAUGGAUACCUCAGCUGCCCAAUCUGAAUUUCUUGAAUGGACCCGAAACACAGACCAAUGGAAUUAAGUUAAUCAAUGGACAAGUUCAUAGAGAUACCGAUAAAGAUGUUGAAAAUGAAACCAAUUUGAAAUCUAGCUCAGUGUCAGUGUCGGUGCAAACUGAAGAUUUGUUCGAGAAUAUGAACUUCAGACCGGAUUUAUGGUACAAGAAACUGUACCUGUGGCUGCAACAUCAAGAGAAUACCGCUUUGAAACUGGCAUUGAUAAUUCUCGUCGGGUUGGUUAUCACCAUGUUUUGGUAUCUGCGCUAUCAGGCUCGCGAGUUCCAACAGUUGUCGCAAGGCGGGUCGCGUUCUUCUACAUCUUCUACGUCGUCUAAUGCCGAGAUCACUGGGUACCUCGAGGAGAUAGGAGACGGAGAAGUGCGCAUAGGAAAAAUUAGCUUUCAUACGGGACAAGUCUUGGGCAAGGGAUGCGAGGGAACGUUUGUUUAUAGAGGUACAUUUGACAAGAGGGCGGUAGCGGUGAAGCGCCUUCUGCCCGAAUGUUUUACGUUCGCCGACCGCGAGGUGACGCUACUGCGCGAGUCGGAUGCGCAUGCGCAUGUCGUACGAUACUACUGCACGGAGAGAGAUAAGCAGUUCAGAUACAUCGCACUUGAACUGUGCUCAGCUACGUUACAAGACUAUGUUGAGAAAAAGUUGACUUUCGAGUGUACAAUAGACGCCGUGGAAGUUCUAAGACAAGCUACUAUGGGCUUGUCUCAUCUUCACUCUAUGGAUAUUGUUCAUAGAGACAUCAAGCCUCACAACGUGUUGCUUUCGAUGCCGUCGGGCUCGGGGGAGGUGCGAGCCAUGAUCUCGGACUUCGGUCUCUCCAAGAAGCUCAACAUAGGCAGAGUUAGUUUCUCUCGCCGUUCCGGAGUCACCGGCACCGACGGUUGGAUAGCGCCGGAAAUGAUCAACGGAGAGCGAACGACGACAUCCGUGGAUAUUUUCUCGCUGGGCUGCGUAUUCUACUAUGUGCUAUCUAAGGGGCACCAUCCGUUCGGCGAUGUCUUGAGGCGGCAAGCUAACAUCCUCACUGGAGACUACGACUUGAACCAAUUAGAUAAAGUGUUGCCAGAGGAAGAGGUAUUAGUGACCAAGAUUCUAAUAAGAGCGAUGAUAUCGGCGCGGCCGCAGGCUCGACCUCCCUGCGAGACUGUACUCAAGUAUCCCAUGUUUUGGGGGAGCCAGACCAUACUCAACUUUUUACAGGACGUAAGCGACCAAGUGGAGAGCUACGCGUCGGGCAGCGCGCACCCGUUAGAGAGCGGCGCGCGUACAGUGGUGCGCGGAGAUUGGCGCGCGCACGUAUGCAGCGCGGUGGCGGGCGAUCUGCGCGCGCGGCGCACGUAUCGCGGGGACCGCGCCGCGCAUCUGCUACGCGCCAUACGGAACAAGAAACAUCAUUACCGAGAACUAGAGGCAGAGGUGCGGGAUAAACUCGGCAAAUUACCCGACGGCUUCGUCACUUAUUGGUUGCGGCGAUUCCCGCUAUUAUUGCCGCAUGUUUGGCUUCAAAUGCAGCAAUACCGAAACGAGGACAUCCUACAAGAAUACUACCCCCACUCCUUCAUAUUCAACAGGGACGAAGUCGCAGAACUAAACGUUUUAACAGAAUACGAAGAUUACAUACCCACAGAACUUUGCGACCCGGAGAGAAACGAGUUAUUCGUUAAAAGCAAAACGCAUCUCGAAGAAAACGAAGAGAGAUAUCGAUAUAACAAAACCAACGGGUCUCCGCGGAAAUUCAACGACUGGAGGAGCGAAGCCAAAGAGUUUAAAACGAGACAGGACGACGUCAGAUUAAGAGAUAAACACCAUUACAAGAAGAAGGAGAAGAGAAAAGAGGAAGUGCCCGUUUGGACUUUGCCCCCACCGUGAGAAUUGUAGGUACGAAUAUAAUUUGUGUGUUAUUGUUUUUAUCUUUAAGAAUCGAAAGCACAAUUUUUAUUAACGCGAAUGCCUAAUUUGCAGUUAAGAUUAGUGUUAAGGUAAGUCAUACAGUAAGGAUUCAUACAUAUUAGUGAAUUAAAAUGGUGAUAAAAAAAUUAGUUGGGUGUCAUGAGUUUACAUUUAAAUGUCACUCUAGUGUUGACAAACAGCAAACAUGAUAAACUGCUUUUCUAUAAGGAC